AUGACUGGCCAGAGGACGGCUCCCAGGAGCGCAACGCCGCCGGUGACGACCAGAAGAGUCGCCAAAGCCAUCUCAAAAAUUGAGGAAGGCUCAAAAUUCAGUGGAGGCCCAAUUCAGUUCAAAGGAUUUCGAGCCAAGAAUGAGGUGAGCACAGCGACAUCAUCCUCCAAACUUCCUGAAACAAUGACGACCGCCAAAACCGCAACAUACGGCGCCAACGGCAACGUCGAUCCCUCCAACUACGCCUGGGCACGCAAACACCUCUCCGACGAAGGCUACGUAGUGAUCCCCGACAUCCUCACCCCCUCCGAAGCCGACCACAUCCUCGCCCGCCUCUGGAAAGCCAAAGAAUCCGGCGAGAAACGCGGCGACCUCACGCAUAUGCAACACCUCGACCCCAACGAUAGCAACAUCCGCGUCUUCUACCUCCUCGAACUCGACGCCGUCUUUCGCGAACUAAUCGCCCAUCCAGUAGCGGUGGAUUUAGUCAAGUCGGUGCUAGGAGAAGACUUCCUCAUCAGCAACUUCACCGCCAACAUCGCCACGCCUGGAUCCAAAUCGAUGGCGUUGCAUAGCGAUCAGAGCAUCGUCGUUCCGGAUCCGUGGAGAGAGGUGUGGGCCAUCAACUGCAUGUUCUGCUUGCCCGAUAUCUACGCUGAGAAUGGAGCGACCAAAUACAUCCCCGGGUCGAACAAGUGGACCUCCCGGGCUGAAGUCCCGGACAACGCUCCCGAGCUGCUCGUCCCCUUCGAGGCGAAGAAGGGUAGUAUGAUUUGUAUGGAUGCCCGAGUAUGGCACACGUCUGGCGCCAACGUGACGCAAAAUGUCGACCGGCCGUUGUUGUUUGGAUACUACACCAAGCCCUUCCUCCGGCAGCAGGUGAAUUGGACGGCGAAGCUGCCGCAGUCGAUUAAGGACGAAGUCAGCGAUGACAUGUUCAAGUGGCUUGGUCUCGGUGCUGUGGCCAAUACGGGGAGGACUGGCGAUCUGAGGUUCUUGCACGUACAGUAUCCGGAUGGGGAGAAAGCUGGUCGUCCUGAGAGUGACGGUAAAGAGGGACCUUUGUUAGGGGGCCAUGAUGAUAGGCAGGAGGCAAGCGUGUGA